AUGAUCCCAGAGCAGACUUCGUCAAUUGUCGCUCACCCACGCCUCCCCCUACGACAACAUACACCAGAAGCCGAGUUCUCGCUCGAUGACGUAACUUUCGACGAAGAUACCACUUGCAUAAUUGAAACCGCAUCUUCCGAAGCUUCUAAGCUGCCAAGAAUACAGACCAAUUACGCUGCUUGGAAACCCCGAGAGACGAGUCCACUUUCAGAGACAGAUUCCUCAGCCUCCAUGCUUGAUAUCGACGCCGCUCUCGAAUCUUUUGAUUCUCCGAGCACAGGACCUGCCUUCGAAGAUGUCAUCUCCGGAGGUGUUUCAGGUUCAAAGCGUCCGAUGCACAGCAGUGGGGUCACUGGAGGAUUCGCAGGCCCAGGGAUGCACUACCAUCGUCGAGCUGAGAGUGCCCCUGAAAUGGAGACCAUCGAUCGCUCCAAAUUUGGGUUUCCACGUCUUGGUAGCAAUCCCACCAUGGCCAUAGAGGAAGAAGAGGAAGAAGAUGACGAAGAGGAGUCAACUUCGAAGCCAACGAACGUAUCCACAAAAUCAGAUCAAGAGGAGCUGCAAGACGAUCAGGCUCCGGGCCUCGGUGUCAACAUUGUGGAAGCGGAAAGCAAUACUGAUCGACCAAUGCAGCGAGGCACGCGGCGACCCUCCAAGACAUUUGCUGAGAAUGAUAAUUCAGCUACUAGGUCAAUCAAUAAGCUAGACAUCCCUGAGGAGUUUAGUCUGGUUGAGAUUGUAGGCGCGGACGAAGAGCCUCGGUUUUCUGUUAUCACCAAGUCGUCAGACGAGUCCACAAUUACUCCAACAUUGUCUCACGAUCCAUUAGACACACACCCUGUUACUGCACCUCUCGACUUCGCCAUGCCGACGCCCGCUUUGACCUAUGACGGAACACCAGAAACUCCAUCUGCUGUGUCUUCCCCUGACUUCUCCAGGACCUCCUUUGACAUGCCUCGCAUGCAUACCGCCUCUUCCUCCAUCACCGAUAGAGCAACGCUUAAUUCAUCUCGGGCCGGAGAUCAUGUUCUGACCUUGCACAGCUCCCUCGACGACGUGCCCUCGCUUACAAGUAGCGCCUCCACAAUGGCAAGUGGUCACCCGCCUCGAAUUUCGAGCAGCGCAAAUACCUGCUCGUCGGCUGAUCGCUCGGGCUCGUUCUCGGCUCCGGUUCCUGCACGUACGCGACCCGUAUCGGCAGGCAAGCGCAAUAGUCUUGCCAGUCUUACUCGAUUGGUCGGUGGAGGCUCGUAUAAUAGAAGCAAAUUGAACAUCGAGGAAUGUGUUCAGCCUGAUAGUCCAGAGAAAACGGAAAAGAAGAAAGGGAACCGGAUCAGUCGGUUGAUGAAGUUCUGGAAGUCAAAGGAGAAGGCAUCGUCUUCAUAA